AUCGAAUCGCGACCAAACCAAAUCCCCACCCCGGCGCGCUGCCCCAUCACCCUCCCCGCUGCGCUCACGCACCAAACCCCACUCCGUUCCUCACUGCAAUCCACCGCCCCAGCUCUUUCGCGCAAUGGCGGCCGUCGCGGCGCCGGCGCCGCCACCGCCGCGGCAGCUGAGCCUGGAGGACCUCAAGGUGGUGUCCGUGCUCGGGCGCGGCGCCAAGGGCGUCGUGUUUCACGUCGUGCACGCUCCCGGGGAACUGGACGGCGAGGGCGAGGGCGGCGCCGCGGCCGCGGCCAUGGCGCUCAAGGCGGUCUCGCGGGAGGCCGCGCGGCACAAGAAGGCGGCCAGCGGGGACGGGGACGGCCACCGCCGGAUCUGGUUCGAGCGGGACGUGCUCCUGGCGCUGCGCCACCCGCUGCUCCCCUCCCUGCGCGGCAUCCUCGCCACCGACGCGAUCGUCGGCUUCGCCAUGGACCGCUGCGGCGGCGGGGACCUCAACUCGCUGCGGCGGCGGCAGACCGAGAAGAUGUUCUCCGACUCCGUCAUACGGUUCUACGCGGCGGAGCUGGUUCUGGCGCUCGAGUACCUGCACAGUCUCGGCGUCGUGUACCGGGACCUCAAGCCGGAGAACGUCCUCAUCCAGGACAGCGGCCACAUCAUGCUCGUCGACUUCGACCUCUCCACGCGGCUCCCGGCAGCCGCAGGAGCCGGACGCGCCGGCCACCAGUCCCAAGCCGGCGCCUCCGGUCGCCGCGCCGUCCCCGAUCCGCGGCAGAGCAAGGAAGCCGGCGGGCGCCGCCCUGUGCUUCCCAUUCCGCACCACCGGCAGCGCUGCGAAGCCUGCCGCGGACUCGCCGUCGCCGCUGUCCACCUCUCGGACGGCCUCGUCGUCGUCCUCGUCCUCGACGGCGACCACGGCCUCCUCCUCAGCGGCGUCGGCCGGCGCGCGGACUCCCGCGAAGUCGAACUCGUUCGUGGGGACGGAGGACUACGUGGCGCCGGAGAUCAUCGCCGGGCGCGGACACGACUUCGCCGUGGACUGGUGGGGCCUGGGCGUGGUGCUCUACGAGAUGCUCUACGGCCGCACGCCGUUCCGGGGGCAGAACCGCAAGGAGACCUUCUACCGCGUCCUCGCCAAGCAGCCGGAGCUCGUCGGCGAGCAGACGCCGCUGCGCGACCUCAUCGCCCGCCUCCUGGAGAAGGACCCCGAGAGGCGCAUCGGCGCGCGCGGCGUCAAGGCCCACCCCUUCUUCGGCGGCGUCGACUGGAACGCAUCCUGCAGGUGGCGCGCCCGCCGUUCAUCCCGGCGCCGCCGCAGGACGAGGACGGCGACGAGGCGCUCGACGUCGAGAAGGUCGUCCGCGAGGUGUUCGCGUCCAAGGAGGGCGAGGGAGGGAAGGCUUCGCCUGUGGCAGACGGAGGCCCUGUGGGCGGCGACGGCGACGGGAGGAGAGAUCAUUCCAAAGAUGGUGAUUUCUCAGUGUUUUUCUGAGCUAUUUAUUUUCUUUAGAUUUGUUCUUUCUUUUUCUUUAGAUUUGUACUGUAUGAACAUGAUGGCAUUUAGCAACUGAGGUUAGGAGUGAGUACGGCGCAAUGGCCGGUGGAGUACAUAAAUUAAAGAGGUGCAGGUGCUCCCGCUCAAUGGGGUAUAGCCAAUAUAUAGGUUUUUUUUUGCUGUGUACUUUGCUUGAUCAUAAUAAAUAAUAAUGAUAGCGCAGUUGUGCUCAAACG